AUGGGUAGUGCAUGUUCUGGUCAUAACGACAAUAAACAACACGUGAUCUAUGUUAGAAAUCAAACCAAAAUCUCACCAGUUGAACAACCGACUCACAGUCAAUCAGAUAAUUUUUCUAGAACUAAUACAAAUACAUAUGCUCUACAAGUAAUUCUUGAUGAUGAUUUUGAAACUGAAAUUAUUAAAGCUAUUACUGAAUGUAUGGCUACCCUGCCUGUAGAUUUCUAUGAUGAACAUAAUCCCAUUAUCGAUGAAAUGUAUCGUUCAAUGUCUGAUCCAUAUCAUAUUCUACAUAACUCGGAUUAUUCAGAUAAGACUGAAACGAUUGUUAAUGAGACGAAUUAUAAAAAAGCGAUGAACAAUGAAGUGAAACAACAACUCUGUAAUCAGAUUAAUGAACGAAUAAAAGCAUCGUUUGACUUGCAAACUGCUGAUUGGGAACCGUCAUCUCGAGAAAUCGCUCGUUCAUUUCUCAGAGCAUUUAUUGAAAAGCUUGUCGACGAAAAAAUGAAUCAUUCAAUACUUGAAUAG